AUGUUCAACAACGUGAAACAAGUACCGAUGGAGCGCAGAGCUGGUCUGCAUUUCACGUGCUCUGUAUCAGCUGAAAAGGAUACCAAGACUGGAGAAGCCUUCGUUUCGUGUGCGUCAGGUAAGGAGAAGCCCACACAGUAUGAAAGCGAAGUCGAUUCGGAGUCGGAUUCUGAGUCGGACUACGAAGAUGAGAAAGAAACUGUUGGCGGAAGUGAAGCCGUGGAAUGCGCUUAUAGCUUCGGCUACUUUUGA